AUCUUUCAAAAUCCACCUGUCCCAGUUGUCUUUUUCCCCAAAAACACAUACACAAACACUUUCCAAAAACUUAGAUAGUAAUUAGAAUCUUGAUUCCACAAACUUAAAGUCAUAUCAUAUAUUAAAGAUGGUUGGAUUCAAAACCAUAAAGAAGAAAAUGUGGAUGUUCUCUUGGUAAUAAUUAAAACAUCUUCUUUAUUAGCCUAAACUAUACAUUAAUAUUACCUACUAAUGAAAGAAACUAUGAACACAAAAUCAUCAUCUUUGUUUUCUUCAAAACUCAUUAGAUUUCCACUUCGCAUGGUAUCUUUUUGGUUUGCCCCCACCAUCCGUCCUCCUGGUCUAGACCCUUAGAUUUUUUUUCAAGUUGUUAUCUUAUUGUGUAUCUUUUUACUUAGUUUCAUUUUUCACAAAUCACACACACAUAUACAUACACUUAGUACAACAAAAUCUAUAUAUAAGCAAUAUAUAUAGUUGUAAAGGGUAUUUUUCAAGAAUGGAUUUUUAUGAUUGGAAUCAUGGCUUUUUGGACAUGGGAUCAUUUGGGGUUGAUGAAUCUUUGGUGAUGUCAAAUGGGUUUGAUUCAUUUUGUGGAAAUGUUGAGGGAUUGUUUAUAAAAAGUUGUGAAUCUUUGGUGUUGGAUGAUGAAAAGAAUGAGCUUGUGAUGAAGUCUCAAAGCAAAAUGGUUGAAAAGAAAGUUGGAUUAUUGUCUGGUGAGAAAUCUUUGGCUGCUUUGAAAAGUCAUAGUGAGGCUGAAAGAAGAAGAAGGGAAAGGAUUAAUGCUCAUCUUGACACCUUGAGAGGCCUUGUACCCUCCAAUGAUAAGAUGGACAAAGCCACAUUACUCGCUGAAGUUGUCCGCCAACUAAAACAACUGAAAACAAAUGCAACGCAAGCGAGUGAAGGUCUCCUCAUGCCAGAAGAUAUCGACGAAGUCAAAAUUGAAAAGGUCACGCAGGUUUCAGACGAUGGAAGGUUGACAUUUCAAGUUACAUUUUGUUGCAAGCACCGCUCUGAGCUCCUAACAGAUAUAAGAAGAGCCCUUGCUGACCUCAAAGUCACCAUCGAAAGGGCAGAGUUGUCGACUCUAGGAGACUAUGUGAAAAUCAUUUUCUAUUUCACCACAAAUAAUGAAGAUCUACAUAGUUCUGUUCAUAAAGCUCUUACAUCUAUCAUAGAAAAAGGGUCAAUAUCACUUGAAUACUCUCCAAGAACAAUGCUGCCUAACAAGAGGAGAAGGUACUGCCUUUGACCCGAGUUAUGGGUUAAAUUUAUGUGAUUAUUCGUGGAAAUAUACGAAGUUUGUAUAAUGUUUUCAAUAUGUGGUCUUAACAAACUGAAUAAGAUUGCAUAUUUAUUGAUCAAGAAGGUCAAAGUAGGGGUCCGUUCAUGAAACUUGAAAGAGAGGUCUACUUGACCUUUCAAUGUCGUUUGUUUUUGUGUGUAUCUUGUAUAUAUAUAUAUGGAAAGAUGAAUAACAAUUAAGAAGCUUAUACUUCA